CUCGUGGGUGAUGUCAUGCAGCAGGCUGCUGUUUGGUGCUGAUGCUGCUGAGCUGCAGAUCUUCAGUCUGAACAGAGACCGAGCAUCACUGCAGGGAACAGACUCUACCUCACCACAGUGUCUUUGACAGAGGACAGCAGCAGCAGGAUGACUCUGGCAGCAUACAGAGAGAAGAUGCGAGAGCUCCCCCUGGUGUCUCUCUUCUGCUCCUGCAUCCUCCCCCAACCCCGAGACGCCACAGCUGACAAGAAGGAAGCAGCAGGCGUGGUGGACUUGAACCUGUGCAACAUCCGGGACAUGGAGGUGAUCGAGCUGAGCAAGCGGACGAGCGGCCAGGCCUUCGAGGUCAUCUUAAAGCCGCCCACCUUUGACGGUGGCCCCGAGCUGAGGGCGACCACGCCGCCUCGCCAGAAACCCUCGCUGGAAGAGAUCCAGAAGAAACUGGACGCUGCUCAAGAGAGGAGGAAGUGUCAGGAGGCAGAGCUGCUGAAGCACCUGGCCGAGAGGCGGGAGCACGAGCGCGAAGUCGCUCAGAAAGCUCUGACCAAAGAGCGCCAGGAGCACCGAGCCGACGCCGUCAAGGAGCAGCGGCAGAUGCACCUGAACGCCUCACAGGAGCGGCAGCAGGAGGAGGUGAGGACGCAGGUGUUACAAUCAGUCUGCACUGUGACUCAGAGACAGAUUCAGAUUCUGAAUCACGGAGACGAAUCUCUAAUGUGUCUUGAUGGCCUGAUCACAACACAAGCUGAACAUUAAUUGGAAGCCAUUUUGGAGGGCUGAUGAGCUGAGGAUUGAUGUGCCGGCAACCCGGCGCUGCUCCGACUUGGAGACGUACAGGAAGAGACUCUGAAAAGAGUGAGAGAAGAAGAAAAAGAGGAGAAGGAGGAGGACUGAGGCGAGUCUCGACCUCCUCUCUACAACCAGGACUCUUCUUGAUGAGAUCAACUCUGAGAAAAACUUGGACGCUGCAGAUUCAGUCAUCAUUGGACGGUUCACAGAGGUUUUACUGUGCUUUGUUGCCAUGCCAACAGUGCCAAUGUGUUCGUGUGUGUGAUUGUUUUCGCAAAGAGGAUUCAACGCUUCACAGCGUCCCAUCAAAGCUGCACCCGACCCAACCAAACCAGAACCCGGACCCAAAAGAAAUGUCUCCAUGUCUUCCUCUGACUCCUCUGAGAGAAAACCUGGGGCUGGACUCCCUCCACCUGUCAGGAGGUCCACAUGGAGCAGAGACACAGCUGAUCAGAGAUAAACAGCUCCACCUGCUGGACACCGACUGCAAAACUACAGGAAGGGUUUGAUCAGUUACAUGAAGCUCUUCAGAGAGAUCCCGUGGCAGCAAAAUCAGUCGGAGCAGUUUCAAGUCAAGAAUGACUCGUAAUACAGGUCAGAGGGCAAGUCAAGACCAGAACCAGGACAGACAGAGGAGUCAGCUGGACUCAGACAAGACCAGAUACAGUUAUAGACGAGGUUACAGUUACAGCCCAGCAAACAAAGACAAGUCAGAGUACAAACACUCGCUGAGAAGAGCCAAAGCUGAACUGAAAGUCAGAGUUCAUGUGUUACAGGAACGAGACGAGUGUGAGUCCAAACACAGACGAGACGUUCAGGUUCAAACACUAAUGAAACUCUCCUCUUCAGCCCCUUUUACAGCCCCACGUUUUCAUUGUCAGAUUCUAUAUUUGGAUUCUUUCUCAUAUUUCUGAACAACAGGACAAUAUACUCAAGCUAGCAUGUUGGCAUUUAUGCAGCCGUUUAAGCUAAUGUGAGCCGAGGCACCAACAGUCCUGCUGGAUGAGACUUCUGCUUUAUUACACCAACAGCAAACAAGUCGGUAGCUCCUGCGGCUAACGUUAGCGCCAUCACCUGUCAUCACACACGUCACAUCCUGCUGACACGGACGGACGAGAUCACUGAUGAACGACUGAUAAUCACGUGUGUGCAUUGUUUACAGCUACAGUGGUGUGUUUGUGUGUGUCAGUCUGUUUCCCUGGCAACGUCAUUGUAUAGGAGUCAGGCUGAGAUGAUGAUGAUGAUGAUGAUGAUGAUGACGACGACAAUGUACAGAAAUCACAUUAUAUUUUAAAUCAAUAAACGAUGACACUUUA